ACUUAACUAGAUAUAUUGAAUAAUCGCGACGUUGUUUGAAAACAAUUUUACCUAUUUAUUUUAAUUUGCUUUCUGUACAAAGGUUUGAAGCAAAUUGCAGCUCAAGACUGGAACUAAAAAUUAUUUAAAAGCAAUUGAUUGCAGGUGAAAAGAACGAUUGAAAUGUGAGAUAAGAAAAGUGAAUUGAAAUUUGUUUGUUGUUAUCAGGGUUUCCUAUUAAAACUAAAAUUAAAGUUCAAACAGUUUUAGUUUUCUUUUAAAAUACAAGUAGAACAGUCGCGUAAUUUAGAAAAGGAUUUUUAAAAAUAAAUUGAAUUAUAAAUUAAAACGUUCUCAAUGGAAGGUCACGUUGAUUCGAAUCUAAGAAAUGUUGAGAUAAAUGAUGUAAAGAUUCUUGCAUCGAAAUUUGUCAAAAGGAUUAUUAAGCGGUACUCCAAUCAGAAAAAGAAUAUACACAUUUGCGGAGAAUCUUGUAAUGAAAAACAAAAAAAUUCAUAUCUUAAAAAAGAAGACAAUCAAAAGUCAUUGAAAACUUCAAAGGAGAAAUCUGUCAACGCUAAAGAACGAGGAAUCAAACCAUUUAUACCCCAUCCAUUGUCUCUUGGUUUCAACUAUCGUCAAGUACGAACUGCAUUUUAUUACAAUAAUGAAAAGAAAGAUAUGGAAAAACGAAAUGCUAUGAAACCAUUAAGCAGCUUUAAACUUCCGAAAAAGCCAUUCUUUCCAAAUUUUAUUGAUCCUGUUCCUGAGAAUAUUCCUUCAACCUUCGGAAUAUGUCAAAAUGAAACGCAAUCAAAAAUAUUGUUAAGCAGUGAUCCAUCUGUAACAUCGAAUUCGCAUCAAAGUCAUGAAGUAAAGGAUAAUAAAACAAAGAAGAAUGAAGCAGAAAAUAUUAAUGUCAGCAAUAACAAAGAAGAAUUGAGCUUAAAUAUUUUGCUAUUACUGUUUUUCCGCAACACAUGCCCAGAUAUGCUUUUAUCAAAUCGGAAAUGCAAUGAUGAAAAAUGUUUACAUUCUCAUAAGCUUCCUUCCAUUGAUGAGGUAGAAUUGCAACUCUUGAGAAAAAACUUUAAUGAGACUCUCGAAUGUUAUCACCAAGUCCUUGAAUUUCCAAUUUUAACACGCAAGAUGUACCUUCCAGCUUUUUCCAGAGUAUUUGUUAAGCGCAACCAACUUGAUUUACUUAAAAAUCUUAUCAAUGAUAUUCAAAAGCUUCCACCACCUUUUGGUUUUCUCGAUAUUAUAGAUAGUAUGACACGUUAUGGCUGGGAUCGUAAAAAAUCCAUCAAUUUUUUAAUGGAUAAUCUUAACAAACAUUCCAGAAAUUCUAACAUUGAAAUGCUUGAAGUCAUUGGACACUCAGGAAAAGAAAUAUUAAAUUAUAAAGAUUUCAUUAUAAAUUUUAGUGAAAAUAAAGAAUAA